UAUUAUUGUUAUCACUUGAACCAAAAUGUCGUACCAAUCACACUACCUCACAGACUUGAAUCUCGAGUACGUGCCCGAGGCUCAGUACACCUCGCCGGUGCUCGGUGACAAUAUCGACUUAUCGCUAUACACAGACUCCACGUUGUUUGACUUUGUGGAUGUGGAUACUGAGGGGUUGCAGCAGAAGACCAUGGCCAAAAAUGAAUUCGACGCCGUCAUCCCGACCGAGUUCUUAAACUUUGAGGAGCCUUUGGCGCAGACCUUGAGCUCUUUGCAGGGAUUUUUGCCAACCGAACCGUACUUCGUCCCAAAAACCGUGCCGGUGGAGAGCGAGUCCGACAAGAAGAGAAGAAACACAGCUGCGUCCGCACGCUUCCGCAUCAAGAAGAAGAUGAGAGAACAGGAGAUGGACAAACAGGCGAAGGAGUUGUCAGAAAAAGUUGCCUUCUUGCAGACCAAGGUCAAAACGCUAGAAAUGGAGAAUCAGUGCUUGAAGAGCUUGGUCUUACAAAAGACGCAGAAGGACAACGAUGCUUUGGUGGAAGACAUCAAGAAGAGAUCCUUGGGGUUGUGAUGCGCCAAGGGCGCUGGGUAUCGGUUUAGGUUUGUGAAUUAUAAUAUAUUUUGUUACAGUUAACAGUAGUAAAAGCAGAUAUCCGGAUGGUUGUUAGAGGUCCCACUGACCGGGUCCCGGACAAGCUUGAUAGAAUGGAAGAUGGCGAGUUGGCUUAGUGGGGUUUGUCCAAGCAACCCUACACGGUUUAGACGUAAACCGGAGAUCAUUAGGGUGCGGGUAUAUCGCAAUAAGGUAUGGGUUGUUAUGUUAGUGACCAGAGAAGUUUUAUGUUGGGGGUGAGAAAUUGGCGGUGAGAUAUAGAUGGUUUCCAAGCCACUUGAAUAUUUUGAAAGAAAUGCUCUUUGG